AUGUGUGAGUGUGACCAAGUGUUCACUUCAAAGAAGGGUUCUUUGGCCAGAAGGGCAAGAAAUAAUGGAGAAAGCCUUGUAACAGAUCCCAUAGAGAUGGCAAGAGAAUGGUUCCAGAUUAUUGCCAAAGGGGGAUGUGAUCUAGGACUGAAAUGGUUGGAAAGACUUGAGGGAAAGCAGGGAAGAGGAAGACUGAAUAUAACAAGAACAUGCAGGCUUGCAAAUUGCAAUGCAACAAGCGAAUUGCUGAGGGAGGCAAUAGAGCUCAAAGUACCAAGUGUGUACACAUAG